AUGGAGGGCAUGCCCAAGAUGAACAUGCAGAUGAGCUUCCACUGGGGAAAUGAGGCCACAAUUCUAUUCACUGGGUGGCCUAACCAAACCACUGGCAUGUACAUAUUGGCACUCUUCUUUGUGUUUGUGCUGGCCUUUGCUAAGGAAGCUUUGUCUGUGUGGCCCAUUAUUAAACAAACCACCAAUCCGAUGGUGGCCGGGAUUGCUCAGGCCUCUGUUUACUCUGUUCGAGUCGGCAUGGGCUACUUGGUCAUGCUCGCUGUCAUGUCUUUCAACGUCGGGAUCUUCAUAGCCGCGGUGGCAGGCCACACCUUUGGGGACUUGGUAGUCAAGGCCAGUUCUCUAGCUCUGGCCAAACCUUCCCAGCCUGAAGUCUGA